GAUGAGCCAAUAUACAGAAAGUUGUGAAUAUCUCCCCAUGCAGUACCUGAGCUUGUACAAUGAUGGUGGACAGGACAUGGUUGUUGCUGUUGAUUCCUAAGACUUGCUCAAGAACUGAUGCUUCACUCCAUCCUGUCUUGUGUAGGACAGAGCUUCAGUCUCCAUCAUCAACCCUACAAGGAGCAAUUGUCACUUACACACAGAAACCUUCCUUUCAGAAAACCCAUCCAGGGGAUUCUUAGAGCCUGUCAGCUCCACCUCAUGGAUUCAGGGAACCUUACAAGAGUGUCAGAAUUUCUCCUCCUGGGACUAUCAGAGGACCCAGAACUGCAGCUCAUCCUUUUCAGGCUUUUCCUCUGCAUGUACCUGAUCACUGUGUUGGGAAACCUGCUCAUCAUCCUGGCUGUCAGCUCAGACUCCCACCUCCACAUACCCAUGUACUUCUUCCUCACUAUCCUGUCCUUGGUAGACAUCUGUUUCACCUCCACCACCAUCCCGAAGAUGCUGGUGAACAUCCAAACACAGAGCAAAGUCAUCACCUAUGCAGGCUGCAUAACCCAGAUGUAUUUUUUCCUACUCUUUGCCACACUGGACAACUUCCUCCUGACUGUGAUGGCCUAUGACUGCUUUGUGGCCAUCUGUCACCCCCUGCAUUACACAGUCAUUAUGAACCCCCGGCUCUGUGGACUUCUGGUUCUGGUGUCCUUUAUCAUGAGUACCCUAAAUUGCUUGCUACAGUGCUUGAUGAUGUUGCGGCUGUCCUUCUGCCCACACUCGGGAAUCCCCCACUUUUUCUGUGAACUUAAUCAGAUGAUCCAGCUUGCCUGUUCUGACACCUUUCUUAAUAACGUUGUGAUUUAUUUUGUAACUGUGCUACUAGGUGGUGGUCCCCUGGCUGGGAUCCUUUACUCUUACUCUAAGAUUGUUUCCUCCAUUCGUGCAAUCCCAUCAGCUCAGGGGAAGUAUAAAGCAUUUUCCACCUGUGCAUCUCACCUCUCAGUUGUCUCCUUAUUUUAUGGUACACUCCUAGGAGUGUAUUUCAGCUCUGUGGGUACCCACAGCUCACAGUCCAGUGCAACAGCCUCAGUGAUGUACACUGUGGUCACACCCAUGCUGAACCCCUUCAUCUACAGCCUCAGGAACAGAGACAUAAAGGGGGCUCUGAAAAGAUUCUUUGGAUGGUGGGUAAACAACAGAUAGUCAAUCUGGGGUAAACAAAGUGACCUUGAUUUCUAGGCCCCAAAACUCAAAACUAGAAAUUAUGGAAUUUUAACCACAUUGUGGUUUUUGAACUAGCUCCUUUUAUUUCUGUCCUGGAAUUUCCAUUUCUGUGAGUCCAAUUUCUCUGUGCAAGUUAAAUCACCAUUUUAUUAAGCUUUCUGCUACAUCUAUUAUCUAGACAGUGCUUCUCUUUCUCAUUUUCCUAGCUUCACAUUUUUCCCAACAUUGAUCAGAAAUAUUUGUAAAUUUCCAGUUUAUUCCAUGGCAGCAUUGAUUUCUUAAGAAUUAUUUCUUCCCAAAUGACACAUCACUG